AUGCAGAGUGAGCUCAGUGGCAUUCUUUCCCGGAUUCCGGCAGCGGUAAUUGGAACGAUUCUUGCCGAUGAAUCAUGUAAAACGGUUUGGUUUUUCAAUCCAAAGUCGCGUGAAGUCAUCUCCAUGGAUGCCCUUCGCUCGCUACCCAAUCCACCUUCCAAUUCAGGCGCUGAUGCGACGGAGCGGCACCUCGUGUACGGUAUGAUGCGUGUGCGUAAUCAAGGUGUAAUGUUUGAACGGGAUCAUAUUCAGCGCCUCUACGAGAAUUGCGUUCUUGCAGCUACUUCGAAGCCCCUCACCGAUGAGGCUACGCUGCCGUUUCCUGUUGAGGGUGUAACGCAAAGUAUUCGAGAUUACAUAUUGAGCGAGCAUAAGGAGAGCGGUGACAUAAACCUCAAAUUUGUGACCUGGCUGCCGCCCUUUUCCAACAGUUUAACCACUGCAGAGGCAUGGCAGAAAUUUCUGUCUGAUUUUUCAUAUGUGGUGUACUUCGUAAAGUCCUUCUUUCCACCAAAAGAAUGGUAUACAGAGGGAAUUCGAAUCUCUCUUUUGUACAAUGCGAGGAGACAUACACCAAAUGCGAAGAUUAUUCAAGCGCCGCUUCGUUCCCGUGCGAAGAGUCUUCAAGACAGCUCUGGGGCGUUUGAGGUCUUUUUUGUUUGGGAUAAGGAGGCACAUUUUCUGGUGCCCGAGGGAUCUCGUUCCAAUUAUCUUCUGGUCACAGAGGACGGCCGUCUUUGUUGCUCCCUGCAGAAGGAUAUCCUUCGUGGCAUUACACUCCAUACUGUAAAAAGGGUCGCCUCUACCACUGGACUGGCAGAUAUCGAACACCGCCCUAUUUACGUUGGCGACCUUUGCCUGGCAAAGGCAAUCGCCAUGCUAGGGACAAGUCCCGGUGUUCUUCCUGUGCGGGAGAUCCAAUUUUAUUACGAUGAGGAGAGUAAAGCAAAUUUUAUUUCCUCUCUGGACGACUACGAGCAGUGCAUGAAGGAGAAGGGGGAAUGUCCGUCGCUGCCAAGGGAGACCAUUUUGUCCAACGGUGGACGGCUGGAGCUGGAUAGUCCUCAUAACACGAUGUUGGCGCAGCUACGGGAAGCAUACGAGGCAGAGGCCUUCCGCUGA